GGUGAACGAGGAGUGGGUGGAGAAAAUGAGGUAGGGGGCGGAUAUAUCAAUGCACGAACUAACAUACACCCAGCUCGCUCCCAUUUAUAUGUUUCUCUCAGCUAUAAAUCAAUAAAUUUCCUUUCGAAUUCUCAUUGCUCUUAGAUCUUCAUUCCAUUUCAUAUCUUCGUGUACAAUCGGAUUUAAAAUCUCCGAUGGAGUCCGCCGCCGUUCUCCGCUCCUUCCAUUAUUCUGUCAGCUCAAGUUCUUAUCAGAAAUCUGUACUUGAACGAGUUGGCACAGUUACCAUGAAUAAUGCAACCCUUUUGAAUCAAAAUAAAUUGCCUUUCUAUGGUGGAAAGUACAUAUCAUUUACAAAUAAACAGGGAGCAAUACUUGUACCAUGUGUGAAGGCCUCUGAAAGUAUUGUGACAUCAAACUCCAGUGGUGAUCCAAAUGGAGACAUUUUGUCAGAUAGUCAUCAAAAUGGAUUUGUGGAGAAGAAACCGUUGCAGGCAACGUUCCCCAAUGGUUUUGAGGCACUACUCACAGAACUCUGUGAGGAGACAAAAGUUGCAGAGCUGAAAAUUAAGUUUGGAGGCUUUCAAAUGCACGUGAAGAGGAAUAUUGAAACCACACCAACUCCUGCACCAGUUGUUUCACCCACAUCUGCACCACCUGUUCCAACUAAACCAAUGAAUGAGUCAGCUCCUGUUGCUUCUCUACCAUCACCACCAAAGUCUUCUGCAGAAAAGAUUAGCCCAUUCACUAACGUUUCUUCGGAUAAGGCAAAAAAGUUGGCAGCACUGGAGGCUUCUGGAUCAAGUGGCUAUGUUAUAGUAUCGUCUCCACAGGUUGGUUCAUUCCGAAGGGCCAAGACUUUGAAAGGAAAGAAGCAACCUCCUGCUUGUAAAGAGGGUGAUGUUAUCAAAGAGGGACAAAUAGUAGGCUUUUUGGAUCAGUUUGGAACAGAACUUCCAGUCAGAUCAGAUGUGUCUGGAGAAGUCUUGAAGCUCCUUUAUGACGAUGGAGAGGCUGUUGGUUAUGGAGAUCCCCUGGUAGUUGUCUUGCCGUCAUUUCAUGACAUCAAAUUAACCUGAAGCAGUGGCUUUCAUUAGAAUUUCAUGUGUUGCCGUCAUUUUGGUAUACUUAAUUUCUAGUUAGAUUUUUUUUUUCUCCAUCUGUAAUAUCAGACUAGCUUUUUCCAAAAUUUCUAUCUGAGAUUCAAUAUGGAUGCUCCGUGGAGAGUGAGCUGUGAGCGCAAUAAUUGAAAACAGUGUGAAAUCAACUUGACCCUCAAUUUUAGUUAAUGUCAAAUACCACCCCUUAUACAACA